GCGGAAAGGCUUGUAGUUGACUUUACACGUUAUUUGUUCUUGAUAUCCGACGUUUAAAGUUGGUUUUAAGUUGAGUUCCUGUGUUUGGCUUCAGAUCUGGGGACAGAUAUUUGUUUUAAAUUAAACUUUUAUUCUUAAAGCCAUCUGAGCGAAAGUGAUUAUUCCUGCAGUUUGCUGACUUUGUAGUCGAACAGGAUGUUUCAUCAGCAUGGGAUGACUUACCACUGAUUCUGUGACCAACUGUAUUUCUUCAGUAAUGCCCUGUACGGAUAUCUCCUAAACUACACAUAGCAGCAUCUACAUUCGCUGCAGCUGUGGUCACAUCGGCAAAAUCAUGAUUAUGUGUACAGCCAUCAAAAAGGUUUCACGAAGGUGGAAAUAUGCUGUUCUGAUUGGUCUCUUGUUGUCAGUGCUGGCUUGGAAAGCCAGUUUCACUGGGGACAGAAACGGGACCAUUGAUGAUAACUUUGUUACAACACAAACUCCUGUAAAAGAAGACAAACUGACGGAUGAACUCAACCCAAGGAUCGCAGAACCCAGUCACUCAAAUAUUUCAGCAGAAAAAGAUGAUUGUCCAGAGGAGUCUCCACUGCUAGUGGGAGCUUCGAAGCUGACCUUUGAAUCUUCGCUGAACCUCAAGGAUGUAGAGAAGGAAAACAAAGUAGUGACUAAAGGGGAGUAUGAGCCCUCAGACUGUACAGCAAGGCACAGCGUAGCCAUCCUCAUUCCACAUCGUAACCGGGAGAGACACCUACUCUACCUCCUGCACCACCUGCACCCAUUUCUGCAGCGGCAGCAGCUGCACUACGCCAUCUACGUCAUCCAUCAGGCCGGCGAUGCAACUUUUAACAGAGCGAAGUUACUUAAUGUUGGAUAUUUGGAGGCAAUAAAAGACUUUAGCUGGGAUUGCUUCAUCUUCCAUGAUGUGGACCUGGUUCCCGAGAAUGACCACAACUUAUACAUCUGUGACCAGCAGCCCAAACACCUGGUCGUCGGCCGCAAUGUCACCGGAUACAAACUCCGUUACAAAGGCUACUUUGGCGGAGUCACUGCCAUGACCAAAGACCAGUUUUUUCAAGUAAAUGGUUUCUCAAACAACUACUGGGGAUGGGGUGGAGAAGAUGACGACCUUAGAGUGAGAGUCGAACAGCAAAAAAUGAAAAUUGUGCGUCCCCCUGCUAACGUAGCGCGCUAUACCAUGGUGUUUCACAAACGAGACACUGGAAAUCAGGUUAACAAAAACAGGAUGAGGUUAUUAGGACAAACGACAAAGAAGUGGAGAGUCGAUGGACUCAACAGCUGCGUAUAUGACACUUUAUCAGUCGGGAGGUAUCCUCUCUAUGUGAAUAUCACAGUUAACAUUGGUCAGCCUCAGAGCUGAGGACUCUGGAAGAAAACAAGUCCUUGUUUGUCUUGAUAUCAUUUUCAGCUCGGGCCGCAUCAAGAUAAUGAAUUUCCUCAAAGGGCCGUUGCAGAAUAUAUUAAUCAAAACUAGCUAUUAACAAAACAGUUUAAAUAAUAUGACUUGACAUGAUGCCAAGGCACAUUGCGACCGCCAAUAGGUCAGUUACUGACAAACCCACUGGAUGUAGGGUAAUGUCAGUACUUCUUAAAAUUAAUUCAUAUUCAACAAUUCUUCACAUUGAUGUAAUUUGGCACUAAAAACUAAUUUGAUUUGACCAGUAAAAUAAUAUUUAAGCACACAACCAGUAUCUUGAAGUUCUGUUUAUGUCACCCUAUAGACACUUGAGAGCCACAUAGACAGUUGUGGCGGGCCAGAUUUGGCCCCCGGGCCUUGAGUUUGACACCCAUUAUUUUAUAUUAUAAGGUGGAGACCACCGUGUGCUGAAAGGUUAUUAGAUCACUGACAAACUGAAUUCUCUUUGGUGAGAUGAUAUUCCAGAUAUUUAACACAGUUUUGCAUAUCAUUCCAUGUCUUCAUUCAUUGAAGACUACGUUCAUUCCAGUAGUUUUAAAUUUUGUUUUUUCUAUACCGUUGUUACCUGUCAGACACUGAUUAAUUCACACUCAUGCCUUAUUCUUUGCCUGUGUCUCCACCACUUUAUACUGACUAGGUCCUUGUUUUGGCACCUGAGAAACAAUGAUUGGUUGUUGUAUGACCUAACAAAGUCAUAAUCUGUUGAUCUUGUAAUAGGAUGCUGAAUAGGUUCCAGGAUGCAGGUUAUCUUAGAGAGAGAGAGAUUACAUAGUGAGGCCAGCACAGGUAAACAUUACCUAACAAUAUCUUAAUAAGGAGGAAUUUAUACUAUUGAUUUUUUGCACAUGAAGUACCUCAAAUGUAAGCAGAUCGUUUGCAGUGCUAAGCAAAGGUAAGGAUACCCUUGAAUCUUUUUAUUUUAUUUAAUCAAGUGACAAGCGCAAAGUUGAAAGAGUUUUGGGAGGAUUUUUUGUGACGGAACAACACAAAGUCAUGCAUUAUUCAGAAGUGGAAUGAUUGACAAAGUAUUUUGCAAAUUGUGUAUUUACAUUUAUAUUCCCUGCAUAAUUACUUGGUCAAACAACAUUUUUGCUGACACUGGAGACACUUCAAAGUUUCCUGUCUCUACUGAACAGAAAAUCUUAUUUUUUAAAAUUAUUUUAAUUUCUUAAUAAUACCGUACUCUUAUUUUGUCCCACAUAAAAUCCCAAUAAAAUACAUUUUAUUAUAACACAACAAGUUUAUAUUACUAGAAGGGUAUCAAUACUUUUGUAAGGCCCUGUGUUGGGACAGCUUUUCAAUUCCAGACUGAUCACAGCAGAAUCAGUUUAUAUUUUUUAGUUAAUUUUAUUGGAAAUAGUACAGGUCUGAGAAAACCCAUUAGGUUGUUCAGAGCCCAUCCAACUGAUGAAGAUCUAAAUAUGAUCACUUUUGUCACAGAUGAAGGAUUCAGAUUUGUAUCAGUUUGACGGCAAAUGACAAACAAAACCUCUUCUUCCAAGAUGGAAAAAAAACAAACUUAUGCUACAAAUACAGUAACAUCAAUAUACUAUUGUUAGUAUGAAGUCAGAAAUGCAGUUAGAGAUGGUGGAUUUUUUCCUUUUUAAAGGUAGUCUCAUAGUGACACUGAUAUUUUUUUUAUUUUGAAAUUUGUCUUAUGGCAUAAUUUAAGGAUACAAUGACAUUGUAAGUUUUAUCACUCCAAAGUCAUUUUUGGUUAUAUUUGUACGUCUAUUGCAUUAGUAAAACAAAAAUCUGCUUUAGUAACUUAAGUGAUGAUUACAAUCAUAGGAAGUUUCUAUAGGAAGCGAGUUUAAUGAGCCAAAAUUAUUUUCUUUGUAAAACUAUUAUUUUCUUUGUAAUUUUAAAGCCUUAUAUCCUUUUUUUUUUGUUUCAUGUGGGACUUACUAAUAGGUGACGGAUUGUAUACCACUUUGUAACUUUUAAAGAAAAUCAACAUUAUAAAAAAUUGCUGAAGGAAAAUCUGCAUAUUUGCUUCAAUUGUAGCAUGUUUCUGACAUAUAUCAAAUUAUUUGAAUGAUUUUUUUUUUUUUAUUAUUUUAGAACAUGGUGUGCUUUCAAUUUCUUUUUUUUUUUUGAAAAUGAAAAGCGUGCCCAUGCCAGCACUGUUACUGUUAACAGGUCACUCCUUGUAUGUUUUUGUGUCAGAAUCAUGUGUCAGAAUCGCCAAAGGUUGCUUCUCAUUAAGGAAGCAUUUAUGUACGAGAAACAAUUUUGCACACCUGAUAAAUUGGCAGUACGCUGUAGUACUAGUAAUUUACAACAUAUUUUAAACACUAAAUGUGUGUUUUUUUUUUUUAAUCUCUCCUUAAUGAAUGACAUUUUUUGUUUGGGUGGUAGAAUGAAUGUGUAGACUGGUAAAGAAAACCAUUUAGUUUUAAAACAACUCAGCUGACAUUUUAAAGUUUAAAACAAUACCAUUUGAGCUCUUGAAGAAUGUCACUUGACCAGUUUUAUUU